GAGAAGGUGUCCACUCUGGAGAAGCAGGCCAGCCAGCUGGGCCAGCAGGCAUCUCAAGAGUGUGAGCGGCUCGCCAAAGACAAAACAGUCACACUUCAAAUGCUCCAAAAGGAGAAGGAGCGACUGUCGGCCCUGGAGAGGAGGUACCAUUCCCUGACCGGAGGACAGAGCUUCCCUAAAUCCUCCACUGCCAUGAGAGAGGAAGUUCUUCCUGUCAGUAAGGAUGUCCUCUCCUCCCAGCUGUCCCUCUGUGCAGCCUCUCCUUCAUACUUACAUCUCUCCCCUCCCCGUCAGUUGUUCCCCAGCAGCCCUACAGAGGAGUACAUGAAGCUGUCAGACAUCCAUAAAAUGUACGGCAGCGGGGACCUACAUGAAAGCAGCAAGCCUAGCUUUGCUGUAGACGCUGCACUAGCUGGCUCCUGCCAGGAGUAUGUAACAGUGAACCAGUUAAAUCUGAUGUAUGGGAUGCCAAAGGUGGAGUCGUCCCCUACCUCCCCCUUUCACCAACCCAUUCAGUCUACAGCAGUAAACCCCGCCUUCUCCUGCCUCCUUUCCCCACAUGGCUCCUCCCACUCUCUGUCGGUGAAGCCUGAGGCCGGUAAGCCUCACCUCCGGAGGCCUGAUUUAGAGCAGUGGUACCAGGAGGUGAUGGCUGGCUCCACACAGCUUUGUGUCUCCUCUGUACCAGACAAGUGUGUGUCAGGCCACAGACCUGUGCUGCAGGUGUUCCGCUCCAAACUGGACAGUGACCCUGGUCUUUCUGUCCAUCAGCCUAAAUCAGGCUCUGCGUCUCCUCUACAGCAGGGAGCAGCAACACUGGGACGAAACUCCAGCUCCAAGAGUCCACUGCUGUCCGUCAACAAGACAGGAAGUCUGCCCAGGAACCUGGCUGCAACUCUGCAAGACAUCGAGACCAAGAGACAGAUCAGUCUGCAGCAGAGAGGUCAGCAGGUGAUCGACGAGCAGCGCCGUCGUCUGGCCGAGCUCAAACAGAGAGCUGCAGCCGAGGCUCAGUGCCAGUGGGAGGCUCUGCACGGCUCCCAGCCCCACCUCAUGACCCUGUCCUCCACCGGCCAUGCCCCGGUCAUGGCUUACAGCCCCACGCUGAGCCACAGCUCUGUGGGCCCCCCUCCUCUGGUGCACCACUCCAUCCUUCACCACCAGCUGCCUCCAUCAGCUGGAGAGCAGCCGUACGACACGCUGAGCCUGGAGAGCUCUGACAGCAUGGACACCAGCGUGUCCACGGGUAACAACUCAGCCUGUUCACCUGACAUGUCCAGUGUUGGAGGAAUGGACUUGCUGAAGAUUGAGGAGAUGGAGAAAAUGCUGAAGGAGGCACAACUGGAGAAAGCCAGACUUAUUGAAUCACGGGAACGUGAGAGCCUGGCUCGCCGUCAGAUGCUGGAGGAGGAGAGGAGGAGGAGAGAGGAGGCAGAGAAAAGACUGCAGGAUGAAACUUUCCACCGGCUGCAGCUUGUGGAGAGGGAGGUCAAGAUGAGGUCCAAAAACCUCACACAGGCCCGCCCAAUGACCCGAUACCUGCCCAUCAGGAAGGAGGAGUUUGACCUGCGCUCACACGUGGAGUCAUCAGGCCACAGUGUGGACACCUGCUACCAUGUCAUCCUCACAGAGAAGAUGUGCAAAGGUUACCUGGUGAAGAUGGGAGGCAAGAUUAAAUCCUGGAAGAAACGCUGGUUCGUGUUCGAUCGCCUUAAACGGACCUUCUCCUAUUAUGUUGACAAACAUGAGACCAAGCUGAAGGGUGUAAUCUACUUUCAGGCCAUAGAAGAGGUCUAUUAUGAUCACCUCCGCAGUGCCACAAAG